AUGGAGAUUGAAGAGCAGCAAAUAGAGUCAUGGUCGGAGACGGGGAGCACGGGGAGCAGGAGCACGCGAGUGGGCUUCAGCGGGCCCAUGAGCGGCCCAUUGGUGUCCAACAAGAAGAGCAGCAAGAAGAGCACCAGGUUCAAGGACGACGAGGAGUUGGUGGAGAUAACGCUGGACGUGCGGGAUGACACCGUUUCGGUCCAGAACAUCAGGGGCGGAGACCCCGAGACCGCGCUCCUCGCCACCCGCCUCGAGAAGCGGCCCUCCUCCCUGUCGGUGCGCCUCCGGCAGGUCUCGCAGGAGCUCAAGCGCAUGACCUCCUCCAAGAAGUUCGACAGGGUCGAUAGGUCCAAGUCUGGUGCCGCUCGCGCUCUCCGAGGUUUCAAGUUCAUGACCAAAAACGUUGGAACCGACGGUUGGUCGCAUGUGGAAAAGCGCUUUCAUGAUUUGGCCGUUGAGGGCAAACUGCCCAAAACGCGCUUCGGUCAGUGCAUUGGUAUGCAGGAGUCGAAGGAGUUUGCUGGGGAAUUGUAUGAAGCAUUAUCUCGUCGUCGAGGCAUAACAUCAGCUUCCAUAACAAAAGAUGAGUUGCGUGAAUUUUGGGAUCAAAUUACAGACCAGAGCUUUGAUUCAAGGCUCCAGACCUUCUUUGAUAUGGUGGACAAAAAUGCCGACGGAAGAAUCACCCAAGAAGAAGUUCAAGAGAUUAUAGCCUUAAGUGCUUCCGCUAAUAAGCUGUCAAAAAUACAAGAUCGUGCAGAGGAAUAUGCAGCUCUUAUCAUGGAGGAGUUGGAUCCAGACAACUUUGGAUACAUUGAGCUACACAACUUGGAAAUGCUUCUUUUGCAAGCCCCGGCACAAUCAACUCACAUAACCACGGAUAGUCGUGUGCUGAGUCAAAUGCUGAGCCAGAAACUGGUCCCAACCAAAGAGUACAACCCCAUAAAGCGUGGCUUCAGGGCACUGGCUUACUUCGUGGAGGACAAUUGGAAAAGGAUUUGGGUUAUUGCUCUCUGGCUUUCAAUUUGUGCUGCGCUUUUCACUUGGAAGUUCAUCCAAUACAAGCACCGUGCCGUGUUCCACAUCAUGGGAUAUUGUGUCACAUCAGCCAAAGGUGCUGCUGAGACCCUCAAGUUCAACAUGGCCUUAAUCCUCUUACCCGUUUGCAGAAACACCAUCACUUGGCUCAGAAGUAAGACCAAGUUAGGCAUGGCUGUUCCCUUUGAUGACAACAUCAACUUUCACAAGGUGAUAGCUUUUGGCAUUGCAAUUGGGGUUGGGAUACAUGCAAUUUGUCAUUUAGCAUGUGACUUCCCAAGGAUGUUACAUGCAACAGAUGAGGAAUAUGAGCCCAUGAAGCCAUUUUUUGGAGAAGACAGGCCAAAUGAUUAUUGGUGGUUCGUGAAAGGGACAGAGGGUUGGACCGGGAUAACCAUUGUGGUGCUUAUGGCUAUAGCCUACACUUUGGCUCAACCUUGGUUCCGACGGAACAGGCUGAACCUCCCCAAGCCUCUCAAAAAGCUCACUGGCUUCAACGCCUUUUGGUACUCUCACCAUCUUUUUGUCAUCGUCUAUGCCCUUUUCAUCGUUCACGGAUACUACUUGUACCUCUCCAAGGAAUGGUACAAGAAAACGACUUGGAUGUAUCUUGCAAUUCCUAUGAUACUAUACGCAUGCGAGCGAUUGCUUCGUGCUUUUAGGUCUGGCUACAAAAGUGUCAAGAUUUUGAAGGUUGCAGUGUACCCAGGAAAUGUUUUGGCCUUACACGUGUCUAAACCACAAGGAUUUAAGUACUCUAGUGGACAGUAUAUUUUUGUUAACUGCUCAGAUGUCUCUCCAUUUCAAUGGCAUCCUUUCUCUAUUACAUCAGCACCAGGAGAUGACUAUGUAAGCGUUCACAUUCGCACUUUGGGUGAUUGGACAUCACAACUUAAGGCUGUUUUCGCGAAGGCAUGUCAACCAGCAAGUGGUGAUCAGAGUGGUCUUCUGCGAGCUGAUAUGUUACAAGGCAACAACAUACCAAGGAUGCCAAAGCUUUUGAUUGAUGGUCCUUACGGAGCUCCAGCACAAGACUACAAAAACUACGAAGUAAUCCUUCUAGUCGGUCUAGGAAUUGGAGCCACCCCUUUGAUUAGUAUCCUCAAAGACGUACUUAACAACAUGAAACAACAGAAAGAUUUAGAAGAAGGGAUGGUAGAAAGUGGAGUUAAGAACAACAAGAGGAAAUCUUUUGCCACCAACAGGGCUUAUUUCUACUGGGUUACUCGUGAGCAAGGUUCCUUUGAAUGGUUCAAGGGUGUGAUGGAUGAUGUGGCAGAGUAUGACAAGGAUGGAAUAAUUGAGCUUCACAACUAUUGCACAAGUGUGUAUGAGGAAGGAGAUGCUCGAUCUGCUUUGAUCACCAUGCUUCAAUCCCUCCACCAUGCCAAAAGUGGUGUGGAUAUUGUUUCAGGGACAAGGGUCAAGACACAUUUUGCUAGACCAAAUUGGCGCAGUGUUUUUAAACAUACUGCUCUCAAACACCCUGGAAAAAGAGUUGGUGUUUUCUACUGUGGGGCGCACACAUUGGUUGGAGAACUUAAAAGGCUUUCUCUCGACUUUUCCAGAAAAACCAACACUAAGUUCGAUUUUCAUAAAGAGAACUUCUAA